AUGUAUUUUCCUUCAUCCAUACGUGAUCGUUCUUUUUAUGCCAAAUUUUAUAGUCGUCAUCCAUCAGAAAUAGAAAUAAUCGAUAAAAUUUCAUCAUCAUCCACUCCAUCAUCAUCAUCAUCAUCAUCAUCUUGUGUCUUAAGAUUAUUAUCUGAAAUUCCAACAACAAUAACACCGUUAUCUGAUGUAACAUCAAGUGCUACUUCAGGUUUUUUUUCAUCAUCUGAAUGUUCAUCAUCUGAAUCUACAAGUUCAUAUACGAAACGUCGACGUACGACAGCACCUAUUAUACAAGAACGUUUAAAUACUUAUGAAUCAGCUUGUUCACGUCCAAGUUUACCUUUACCAUCAUCGAUUUUGUCUAAACAAAAAACUGAAUCUAUUUCUACUGUAUCCACUCUAUCUCUAGUCAAUCAAACUAUUCCUCAACAAAUACCGGCUGACCAAACAACCUCAUUCUUAAUGAAUACAUCAAAUUUAAUUGAUAAUGAUAGGUCAAAAUCAGUUAUAAUCAUACCAACUAAUUCAUCAUCAUCAUUAUCAUCAAACUCAAAAAUACAUGAAAAAUCAAUUACAUUAGAUUCAUCUAAAAAAUAUUUAUCAAAAUCAACAAGUCAACUUUGUGAUCAAUCAUUAACUAAUGUCAAAGAAGAACAAGUACCUUCAUCAUCACGAAGUAUUCUUGAUGUUAUACAAGAAGAAUUAUCGGAAAUUCGUCGAGCUGAUCACGAUUUAAAAAAAAUGUUUCUUUCAAUUUAUAGUAAAAUUCAAACAAUUCAACAAUUAAAAUCAACACCAACAACAACAGUUCAUCAACAUAAAGGUCAACGAAAUCAUUAUCAUCAUAAUGAACGACCUUCACGUUUAAUAACACAUUGUUGUUAUUCGAGUAAUACUGAUAUUCGACGAAUGAGUUGUACUCAUCAUCAUAGUCGAAAAUAUGCUCUUCAUACAGUUGUUGCAUUACGUAAUCGAAUGAACAAUUUACGAGCAUCAUCAACAGCUGAUAAUGACAGUUAUGUUGAUACAGAUUCGUCGUCUUCCUCAUCGGAUAGUGGUGCAUGUAGUUCACCAGUUGAUAAUGGACCUUGUGGUGAUGACUAA